UUAAUAGAUCUAAGUUUUUAAAUGAGCUACAUAUGCAGCUGAUGUUUAUAUUUAUUAGCAUCGACAGAAACAAGUGACAUAAUGAGACGAAGGAUAUUUUUGUUCUGCCUCUUGCUCGUGCAAUUAGCAGGGCUUUCCCUUUUUCUAAAAGGGUUCUUUCCUGUAAAAAAGGCGCUUCCAGGCUCAGCAUCUUCAAAUAAUCUUCCUCCAGAGCCAGGAAGUACAGAUAAAGGAUAUGGUGUUCCAGCUGUUUUUGAUAGAUUGGUGUUUGUGUUGGUAGAUGCGCUGAGAGCUGACUUUGUUUUUAAUGACACAAGAAUGGUAUACACGAAAGGCCUUAUCGACAAGAACGACAGUAUUAGUGUUAUUGCCCUAGCUCACUCACCUACUGUCACAAUGCCGAGGAUUAAAGCACUCAUGACAGGUGGUAUUCCAAGCUUUAUUGAUUUCCUAUUCAACUCGGUAUCUACUGCCCUCAAGGAAGAUAAUCUAGUGACCCAGAUGUUUACAGCAGGAAAGAMGAUUGUGUUCUUUGGUGAUGAUACUUGGUUGAAGCUAUUUCCUGGACAUUUCUGGAGGAAAGAUGGUACUACUUCCUUCUUUGUCACUGAUUAUACAGAGGUUGACAACAAUGUAACAAGACAUCUUGAUAAGGAACUUCAAAGUAAUGAUUGGGACAUUAUGGUCCUACAUUACCUAGGGUUGGAUCAUAUAGGACAUCUUGCUGGGCCCAGUAGUCCMUUAGUGGGCCCUAARCUACAAGAAAUGGACUAUAUCAUCCAAAAGAUCCACAGAAAUCUAUUAAAGAAUGAUAAUGAAAGAGGAAGUAAAUCGUUGCUUGUGAUUUGUGGUGACCAUGGRAUGAGUGACUCRGGRAGUCAUGGAGGGGCUUCUCUUCCUGARACACUCACACCAUUUGUCCUUCUUGGUUCUCGUUUUCAAAAUGGACAAGGGUUGAAGUUUUCUGAGAUGAUGGUUGAUCAAAUCGAUGUUGCAUCUACCUUGGCUACCAUUCUUGGUUUACCAAUACCACAAAAUAGUGUUGGUCAUGUCAUCCCAGACCUUCUGAUGCUCUAYAGUCCAAGAGACAAACUAAGAGCUUUACAACUCAAUGCAAAGCAGCUGACAAAAGUUCUUCAAGCCAAUGGACAUCAACCUGAAUCAAACUGGGAAUUAGAAGAAGCAUAUCGKCUGCAUCAACGCUGGCUUGAAUCACUGAAAGCCAACAAACAAGACCAGAAURCUCUAACAAUACAAUCAGAGCAAGUUGUCAAGCAGUACAUGAAAGCAAUUACUGGCAUGARUGAUCAGAUYACUGCCUCACUKUCAUGCUACGACUUACAUGCAAUGGUUUCUGGGAUAGCAAYAUUGGUGCAGGUUUUGGGUUGGUUGGUYAGUAUAGGGUUUCGUGGUAGUGAAGAAUCCAGGAAAAUAUUCUCAAUUGGYGAUUYAAUUCCAUCAGCUUCUUSGUUAUUCAUGUUUGGAGCUUGUUUAAUGGUURCAGUUGCAAUUCAUUUGUCUAUUUGCUCAAGCACUUUGGCAACAGGUACAUGCAGCAGCGAUAUCUUGUGCUCUAAGCAGUCAUCAUCGGUCAUCUUUUCGCUGAUCCUCAUUAUUUUCAGUAGUUUAUCAUUAUCCUCUGUUAGCAUUAACACAAUUCCUUCGUYCCUCUGUAAMAUUGUCCGGCAAUCAGGCUCAAUUAUAUGCUGCCCUAUCAARAGUCUUCURGUUKUUGGAACGAGUCUUCACAUUUUUAGUUUGCUGUCAAGUAGUUUUGUAGAAGAGGAGCAUCAAACRUGGUACUUCCUCAUAAAAACGUAUUUUAUUGUCAGUUUUUGCGUCUCUAUAAAGCGCUGUCUAUACCAGAGAAAACCUAUUCCUGCAAAUCAAAGAGAACUAACUGUUGACUACCAAGAUGAAAUCAAGAAUUGUUCCACAGAACAGUUGMUGGAAAAUCGUUUUAAUGUGCAUUCAUUUAACAACUUUGCGCGACAAGCUGAAAGCUUCAUUGAAGAAAAGAAUAUGAAAAGCUGUGUUUUGCAAGAAAAGCCUGGGGCUUCAGAYUGCGAAAAUGAAACACUAGUUUCGUUGCUAGGGCCGUUGUUUUGUCUUGUUCUUGUCCGUAUAUCACGAACCUGGAAUCAAACUGGAAUUAAAUGGKCCCACCUUCCUGACGUGGGUGAUUGGUUAACGCUGCCAGAAAAUCAACUUAUKUUGUCUCUUGUCUCRAUAGCUUCACUUUGUGUGAURCUUUUUUGUACCUUCAAACGAACUGACUUUAUUACYUCARUAAUCCAGUCUGUUGGUUUGAUGUUUGUUUACAACUACCGCGUUGCUACGGGAACAGUUUGGUUACCAUGGACAACUAGUAAACCAAACACUCUUGGACUGACUGAGGCUAGAAUGGCUUAUGGAUGCUCAUUCGUUUUGCUGGUAAUUUCUGUCAUUAGGUUCUUAAGAACUCUGAGAUUCAAGAGCAKUUCUGAAGACUAUUUUGUCAUGUAUAARUCCAAGCUGGAGGAAGCAGUGAAGACAUUCUUUGCUGGUUUUGUUGUCGUUGUGGCUUUGGUUACUCGCGCGCAUAGUUUCUUUGUACUUGCAGUGUUUGUAGUACAACAAUGCUGUUUAGAGAGGUUUUUAUCGUCGAGCAAAGCCAAUGCGAAUUCCUGGACAACCUACCUGGUCUACUUCUGGUUUGGUCAUGUAGCAUACUUUACUCUGGGCAAAUCAAACAGUUUGACUACAGUAGACUUGGCUGCUGCCUACAUAGGACUGCAGGCGCACGAUGACGUAGCUGUGACGUGUCUCUUGAUUAUUAGUACGUAUUCUGGACCUCUUCUAUGGAUGGCAGCGCUACUUCAUCGCGUAGUAAAGGAUUCGACAUCGCAAAAACAGUUAUAUGACRGUCUUUAUGAUAUGUGUGUGAUGUACACUCUACCCCAGUCCCUUCUCCUGUGUGUGUAUACAACGUUAGUAUACAGUCAGCGGUAUCAUCUGUUUGUAUGGAGUGUGUUCUCGCCUAAGCUGAUGUUUGAGACUGUAAGGACUGUGGUGAUGUUAAUGAGUAUUGGUAUAGUACUUGUAACUAGUGCAGUAGUAGGAAGGACUGUACAAGUAAAUAAAACAGACUGAAUGCUGACUUUCUUAUCUUUUAAAUAGCUUUAUUUAAAAUUUCGAAAUAAUUUUUUUAAUGUAACGAUAAUUAAGGGAAUGACUGAAUAAAGAAAUAUAUUUUAUUUACA